UACUGUCGUUAUGUCCACCUGUGCCGGAUGUUGGAUCGCUGCUACGACCAAACACUGCAGGUCCAAAAGCGCCAGGUCGUCACCGUGCUGGCGGAAUCCGCCAACCGGAGGAUGAUGGAACUGCAACUUAAGAUCAAGCAGAUGGAGCUGAGUGAGUUCACGUACAUUGAUGGGGCUUUGCGGGAGCUUCACUUGAUACCGGAAGACGUGCAGGUCGUUCGACCGUGCUACUUUCCGCUGGAACGUUCGGAAGAGUUUGUUGCGUUGACAUCGAGCCGGAAGUUGGAACCGUUGACGAGCAGUUCAAGCGAUGAGUUGAGUGCCAGUGAGGAAAGCGAGGAGGAACCUCCACCGGAUCCGCGACGUCCCGUUGUUCGGAGGGAUCGGGCUAAGGAGAAACGCGUGGCAGCGCUGAAUCUGAUUCUUGCCCACGAGAAGGCCCGCUACGCUCGGAUCAUGCUGUACAACUUCAAAGCUCACCCCAAAAAGUUCUUCGCAAAGCCCCGGGAGGAUGCUAUACUGGACUUUCACUACGAAUUCUACCAUCGACCGGAUCAGUACAUGUUGAUUCCGGUGAAGCGAACGGUGUUCACCUGGGACUACCGGCUGAAGAAGAAGGACGUCGCAGAGCAAGCCGUUGAAGAAGUUGAGGAAGAGGAAGACAACACGGAGGAGCUGAUCGAGCUGAUGAUCAACAAUCGAGCGGCACGACGGAUACAGCGGUACUGGCGAAAGUACCAGGAGCGCAAGCGAUUGAUCCGCGAGCGGUACAAAAAGUCUGCUUUUUUAGGAAUGAUCGAUGAGAUGGAGCGUGGUCCUGAUUUGGGUGCACGAAUCGACCAAGCGGAAGCUGAACGGAGAAAACGCAAGCUGGAGUUUGACGAGGCGUUUGUGCAAGCGAUAAAAGAUGAAAAGGCGAGAAUUUUGCAGCAACGUGGUCCGUGGAUCAUGGAGGACAUCUCGGAUCAUAUUCGGGCGUGGUUCCGGGAUUUCUACGAUCACGCACACGCCUUCGAUCGGUAUCCGGAGAUUUGGGAGGGUGGCACGUUGCUGGUAAUCCGUGGUGAAACCAUGACACCAGACGAGUAUUUGAAGGAGCAGGAGCGAAAGGCGCUGGAGAAGAAGAAAAGCGCCGAGCAGAAGAAGAAGGAAGCGGAGGCGCGGAAGAAGUUGAAGGAGAAGGAAAAGGAGAAGCGGCUGGCGGAGAAGGAAAAGAUUAAGGAAAUGAAGCGCGAGGAAAAGGCUCGGGAAAAGGCGGAGGGCAAGACGUACGACUACAAGAAGCCGGAGUUUGCGACGAAUGCGUAUCUAACGAUGCAAGAAGCUCUGGCAAGCUACGAGAAAGACUGGUACUUUGUUGACGAGUUGGAAAACAAGGAAGAGCUGCCCAUCAUGGAGUGGAUUACGUUGGACAAGUUCGCUGAAGUUCACCAGGAACUGCGACCCAUAGUUGAUGAGGUGCUUCGCGCUGAACGUGAACUGCUUCAGAAGGCACUAUGCAAGGACAACAAAAAGAAGUACAAGCCGGCAAAGCCCAAGAAAGAAAAGAAGAAGCGUGGCAAAGGAAAGAAGGGCAAAAAGAAGAAAAAGGAAGCUCCGGAUCUAACAGCAGAUCGAACGACCGAUUCCCUCUACGAAGAGCUUGUCGAAAAGAACGUGAUUCACACGUACAAGAAGCGUAGCAUCGACGACUACAUCGGAGACUACAAUUACGCGGCGUACGAGAGGAGAAACUUUUUAGAUCAUGAUCCACCGGCGGCGCUGGGUGAAGUUCGGGAUAUCAUUCGCUCCUGGCUCUUUGGAAUGGGACCGCUGGCAAUUCCAAAGCCGAAAUCGUUUUGCCUAAUGGGACCUCGCGGUUACGGCAAGACCAUGCUGGUGGAAGCCGUCUGUAGCGAAACCGACUCUGUUUUGUUCGACUUAAGUCCCACGAUCGUAGCACCGAUUCCUCCAGCAGAAAUGACCAUGUUCCUGCACGUGAUCCUCAAGAUGGCACGAAUCCUGCAACCGACAGUCAUCUCCAUCGACGAAGCCCACAAAGUGUUCUACAAGAAGGUUCCACCGGACGAGAAGCACCUGGAUCCGACGAAGCUGAGCAAGCACCUCCUGAAACAUCUGAUCAAGAAAAUCAAAAAGGAGGAGAAGAUACUACUCGUGGGUACGUCCAGCGCACCGUGGCUCGCAAAGAUGGGCAAGUUCAAGAAGAGCUUCGAAAAGUUUCUGAUUCUUCCAAAGACAGACUACGGCUCGACGCAGCUGCUGUGGAGGCACGCGCUGAACCAGAAGGUUGGGAUUGGUAAGGAUUUCCCGUUGUCGCCGUUGGCGAUGGUCACCAAGGGGUACUCGCCGCAGCAGAUCCUGGACUGCGUGAAGCACACGUUGACGAUUAGGAGGAGGAUGAGACUUGCACGAGAGCCGUUGACUGCAGAAGAGCUGGUGGAACAUUUUCUGCAAAAAGUACCCGCCGAGUACCCGAUUACGGACAAGGACUACGACAAAUUCCUCAAGUUCUACCGCAAGGCGGACAAGCUGGCCAAGCAGCGCGCCAAGAUGAUGAAAGCCCGCCAGGAAGCGCUGGCCAAGCUGAAAGCGAAACAGGCCAAGAAGAAGUGAUCUCGGGGUGUGAUAACUUGAACAGCAAAACGACGUAUCGCAAGAAGUUUUGAAA